GAGCAGCCUAUGGAUCCCAACGCGCAGCCUCUUCCUGCAACACCCUCGUCCUCGCGCAAGCGUUCGCGAGAAAACGAGACCCCAAGUCAGAGGCACAAACGAGAGAAGGCCGCAGAAAGACAGCGUCGGAAGCGCGAGCGCGAUCGCCAGGCCGGCCUCCAGAACAUCCUCGCGCUCUCCCAGCAGCAGCAAGUGCAGCAGAUGCCCCCGCAACAGGUCGAGGUCCCGCCCCCGCCCCCGCAGUCGAGCAUGUCCGAGUACAAGGGCGAGGACCUCAGCCCCGAGGAGAUGGCGAAGCGGGACCGGGUCAGGGCCGCAGCGCGGGAGCGGCAGCGCAAGCACCGCGCGCUCGUGAAGGCGAGGAAGCUGCGCGAGCUCGGGCUCGACAUGGGGAACGAGAUCCUGCCCGGGAUGGAGGAGGUGCAGUACCGGAUGAACGCCGAGGGCCAGUACCAGGCGGUCAUGCCGCACGAGAUGCCCCCACACCCGCACGCGCAGCCGCACCCGAUCCACGAGCCGCCGUUCCCGCAGGGGCAGCCGCUCGGGGGCCAGACGUUCGCGUCGACGCUGCUGCUGUCGUUCUCGUGCGCGCCGCUGCUGAAGCAGCACCUUUUGCGGACGCUGUCGAUGACGAACGAGGAGCUUGCGUCGCUCGAGCCCAUUAUCGCGCAGGCGUGGGAUCACUGGGAUCAGCAGCGACGCAUGCACUUCGCGCACGCACCGAAGGCUCCGGACGGUUCUGCGCUCGGAGACCCGAACGCACCUUAUGGCGGCAUGGGCGAACACGUUCCCGGACACCCCUUCCACGAUCCUGCGCAAGCCAACGACUUUCGGGCACGUUUCCACCGCCCCUUAGUCGCCCCGUCUCCGUUCCGCUCGACGAUCGUAAAUGGGUCGGGUCAAGAACACCCACAACAAGGCGCUGCCUCCGCGUCUGCCCCUCCCGGCGGUCCUGCGCCACCACCACCUCCCCCAAAUGCCCUUGACGCUGCAUUGUCGGCUGUAGCGUCAGCAAGCGAACCCCGACCCCUGUCGAAUCCGCCCACAAUCGAUCCACAACUAGGGCAGGCGCGAGAUGAGGCGGCAGGCGUGGCGGGGAAGUUGGAGCGGUCGUGAGCCAUCGAAGAUACCUUGUCUGACCUUGUUAGUAGUCGGUAUGUCCGCGUACGACUUUGUAUUGUUUUGUUCUCGGACUACUUGUAAGGUUCAC